AUGAGGCUGAAAUUUGACAAGUACUGGGAAGAAUACAGUGACAUACUUUCUAUUGUUGCGGUGUUGGAUCCAAGGUUGAAGUUCGCUGCAUUGGAAUAUUGUUAUGACGUCUUAGAUCCAUUUACAAGCAAGUCGAAAGUUGAUCAUAUCCGGAAGAAGAUAAAGAAGUUGUAUGGAGUUUAUAAAAAAGAUCGUAAGAGCACUACUGCGAGCCCUUCAGAAACACAAUUGGUGAACAGUAUACCAGCUGGAUAUGGGGAGUUUUAUGCAUUCUUUUCUUCAAAGGAGGGAAGAAGAAAAUCAGCUUUAGAUGUGUACUUGGUUGAACCGGUUUUAGAUAUGGCUGCCUUUAUGACUAUAGAUGUCUUGAGAUACUGGAAAAAAAUGCAACACGGUGAUUCUGAAGAUGAAGAAGAAGAAGAAGAAAAAGAGAAGGAAGGUGAAAAAGAAGGUGGAAGAAAGAAGAAAAAGAAGUAG